AUGUCAGAUGUAGACCUCGUGGUCCUGUGCCUCAUCGUCGGGACGUUCUUGACGGCUGUUAAUCUUGGACUCUGGGUCUUCGAUCAUGUAUCAUCAAGCUACGAAAGGCUAGCGCUCCUGGCCUACUGGGUCAUCGUCAUGGAGAUGCUUCGCCUGGCUUACGCCGCUGCCACGGCUCUCCUUGUGAGCCUGGAGCUCAUCCGAGCUUCGAGGAUACGACCGUUCUCUGCUUCACUUGAAAGAGUGGUUGCCGUGCAUGUGGACGAAAGGGACAGCGGUGUCUUCAUCUUCACGCACAUCUACCUCCUCGUCGGCUGCGCACUCCCGUCCUGGCUGACGCCAUACCAAGGACCUCGAGGCCGCUUCUCCAUCCUGGAGCCACUUGCAGGAGCUCUCAUCGUUGGGGUCGGGGACACAGCAGCGUCUGUGUACGGGAAGCUGCAUGGGAGGAUGCGAUUCGGCAUGAUUACCAUGUCAUCCAUCGCUGCAAACUUGUUAGAAGCCUUCACUGAGCAGAUCGACAACCUUGUUCUUCCUAUGUGGUACUUUGCCAUGCUUUCCAUCGCCAUCCACGUUUGA